AUGUACAGCCCGUGGUACAACCAGCCCUCGCGGCCGGGCUACAUGUUGGCCUCUCCGAUGGCGACGGCAGCGGUGCCAACACCACCACCACCACUUGCAGCAUCGGCACCGCAGGCGCUGCACCCAUACCCGAUGCACGUUGCUCUCGCACAGCAACAGCCGCCCGCGGCGCGGCGCACGUCGGGAUACCUCGCCCAGCCGGCGCGGCAGACGGGCUGGCUGUUUGAGCAGCCGCUGGGGACGACGCCAGGCUCGUACGGCACAGGUGGCGGGGGCGGUGGCGGAGGUAUCGUCCAGGGGCAGAAUACGAUGCUCGUGUAUCAACAGCAGCAAAACCAGCAGCAGUAUCAGCAGCCGCUCCUCACGCUGCAGAGUCCGCCCGCGGCCGUGUACAUAUCUGCGCCGGCGGCGACUCUGCCCGUGCCGCCGCCGUCGUUCCUCGUGCCGCCUCCGACGGUGGUGGCUGCCGCUCCUCCUCCUCCGGCGGUUGUGUACGUCGUGUGUCCGCCGACUGCUGUGCAGAACCAGCAGCAGAUGCCACCCACGAUGCAGGCUGUGCCUUCGGUGGCGCCCGCGGUUGCGGGUGCACAAGAAGGACAGUCGGCGACCAUGACUGCCUCGACCACGGCGACUACACCAACAACAGCAGCAUCACCGGCCACGGCUCCUCCUCCUCCUCUUCAUUCCACCGCAACGGCUCCGCACGAACGACCGCCGCCACCCGCGCCACCACCACUACCAUCGCCAUCGUCGCCUCUCAUCAUCAUCCGCGUCGUCUUCUUCGGCCAAGGCGGCGGCGCUGCGACGCAGUCUCCACGUCUUUGGGUGCGCGUCGCCGACGCCGCGUACGCCUCCGUGCCCACGGGCGCGCAGCUUCGCGCCGAGGCGGUCCGCCUCGCCGUCUGGGCUAGUCUGCCGGACCGGUGCGCGGAAACCGAGAACAAGAACGUGGAUACGAAGCGCGCGACGCUGUACGUCAUGAGAGAGGGGCCCGAAUGCGCGCUCAGGAUCGUGGCUGACGGGGGCGUCGUCGUGCCCGCCGCGGGCGUCGAGGCCGUGGUGCCCCUGAAGGUCAGUGAUGACGAAUCGCCGCCUGUUGAGGAGGCAUCGCUCCAGGAGGCGCUGGGUAGCGUUUUGCUACAGAAACAACAUCAACAGCAGCACCAGCAGCAGAAUGAAUGUGAAGAGGGGCCUCGGCGGCACGUCUUCCUCGCUGUGGACGUGGACGACAUGUGGAUGGGCCCGGCCGGCGGCGAGGCGCUCAUUCCGCCCGCCGGAGGCUCCGCGUCAGAGCCCUCGGCGAAGCUCGAUGUGCUGCCCCCGACGGCAUCGCUACCGCCGUCGCCACUGCCGGCGCUGACAACGACGGUCACAGAGGGAGGGGAUAACACCGAGACAGAGCCGGAGGAAACGGCCCCGGCGACGGCGGCGACAUCGGCGGGUGUGGUGGUGGUUACUACAGAAGGCCAGCGCGCGCCAACCUCCUCACAACCCCUGUCCCCCAUACAGGAAGAGGAGGCCCACCAAGCCCUCGAUGAGACCGAGCUCGGACCUGAAACCGACGAGAACGUGCUCCUCGAGCCGGCGGGCGAGGUGGAAGCCAGGGAAGAGGCACCGACGGCGGCGGCGGCGGCACAGGACGGUAACGGAGGCGGCGAGUGA